AUGCCGGAGCGCCGGUUGGCCCGCCUCCACAGCUUCAGGGAGCGCCUCAGCGACACCCUCUCCGCCCACCCCAAUGAGCUGCUCGCCCUCUUCUCAAGGUUCGCCAUCUCUCCCUCUCUCUCUCUCUCUCUCUCAUGAUCACGUUUCUUGUCAGUGGUCUCCGCUACCGAAGUUUGCUAUUGACUGCGAAGCUUUUGUUAUCUGCAUCUGGCAGAAUGAUCGCCGAUUGAUCUGAUCUCUGAUGAACUCAAAUUGACAUACAUUUUUAUCCAUCACCUGCCCUCGGAUGCCCAGGAUUUCAUGAAUUUCUCCCGGAAGAUAGACCCAUUUACAAGAUUAUGCCAAGAUCUCUGUCUGAUGUCUCUGGAUCGGUUCUUCGCAGGUUCUUCCAGCAGGGGAAGACCAUGGUGCAGCCUCACCAGCUGCUUGCAGAGUUUGAAGCAGCGAUCCCCCAUGAGGACAAGGAGAGACUGAAUCAAGGUGUAUUCGGAGAGAUUCUGAGGGCUGCCCAGGUGACCUACUGGAUUUUCACUUCAUCUUCCCAUGACGAAGCUUUAAUGGGGGAGCUCCUGUUCGAUGCAGGAAGCCAUCGUGCUGCCGCCAUGGGUCGCUCUGGCCACCCGCCCGCUGCCCGGAGUCUGGGAGUAUGUCCGCGUUAAUCUGAAGGAGAAGGCUUUGGAGGAGCUGACUGUUGCUGAGUACCUUCAAUUCAAGGAAGAACUUGUCAAUGGAGGGUAAGAAAAAGCUAUGGUUUUUGAUUAAUGUUAGAGGAACCCCAUCACCCAAAAAAUGAUUUUUUAAAUAAUUAUAUAUUUUUUAUUUACACAGCCGUGAUGGCAAUUUUGCUCUUGAGCUGGAUUUCGAGCCCUUUAACGCCUCAUUUCCUCGUCCGUCCCAAUCGACGUCCAUUGGAAAUGGUGUGCAGUUCCUCAAUCGACACCUUUCCUCAAAGCUCUUCGUCGACAGGGACAGCAUGGAACCCUUGAUGAAUUUUCUUCAAAUGCACAACUACAAGGGAAAGGUAUGAUUGGAUCUUUGAAACCUCAUGGAAUUUAUUUGGCAUCUGUUCCAUUAAAAUCCAUAUAUAUAUAUAUAUCUAUAUAUAUAUUUCUCAUCAAUCUAGAGGCCAUUUCUGUGAUGCUUUGAAUUCAGAUGAAACAAUAAUAACUGUAAUUUUGACUAAAUUUCCCCAAAAAAAAAAACAAUUCAGGGGAUGUCUUUGAUGUUUUGGAUUUAGACCACAUAAAGCUGAUUAUCUUUAUCUGAUGUAGAUCUUGUGAGAUUAUGAUCUAAGAUCAUACGGGUAUAGUUAUAUGACAUUAGAUCAGUCAGAGUAUGAUUUCCCCCAGAGCAUAUGGGUGAAAAAUAUCUUCAGUACUUGCAACUAAUCAGACAAAUUCUUGAUCCUGUAGACAAUGAUGCUGAACAACAGAAUCCAAAGCCUGAGUGCCCUCCAAUCUGCAUUGAGGAAGGCAAUGGAUAUACUCCGCAGUGUUCCGACUGAAACCCCAUAUUCAUACUUCGACCACAAGUGAGUAUUUUUAUUUUUAUUUUUUCAUAAUCGAAUAAUUUCUUCGACUUGAUUGUUAUAAACUGCGUGAUGAUUAGAUUCCAAGAACUCGGUUUGGAGAAGGGAUGGGGCAACUGUGCUGCGCGCGUUUCUGCAAAUAUUCAGCUGCUCAUGGAUCUGGUGGAGGCCCCGGAUCCAAACACUCUGGAGAAGUUCUUGGGGACGAUUCCCAUGGUCUUCAACGUGGUGAUCCUCUCUCCACAUGGCUACUUUGCCCAGGCGAAUGUCUUGGGGUAUCCUGACACUGGUGGCCAGGUCAGCAUCAUAUGAUCACCGCCUCUUUCUUUGCUAUAUUUAUCUUCAAGAAUGCUAAUUAUUACCGCUCCAUUUUACAGAUUGUCUACAUCCUGGACCAAGUCCGUGCCCUAGAAAGUGAGAUGCUUACCAGGAUACAGCAGCAGGGGCUCGACAUCACCCCUCGAAUACUCAUUGUGAGUGUGAAAAUAGUGUUUCUUCGAUGAAAAAAUAUAUAUAUAAAGAUUACUUUUUUAUUUCAUCUUCUUUAUUUUCUGCAAGCUUGAACAUACAUUUUGUCAUUAAAAAUAUAAAAUAAUGCUAAUUUUCUAUUCUAUCAUUCCGGGUCAAGUUCGUAUAUUUCUUCUUUGGGUAAAAAAAGGAGUAUAAAAAAUAAAACCAUUUUUCUAUUAAGCCUCAAAUACCAAUUUUCACCUAGAAAAUACAUUUUUUUAGAAUAAAUAAAUAUGAUUUUUUUUCUAUCUUAUCUUAGUUAGUAGCAUGUUGGUCGAUUCUGCUUUCAUUAAAGAUGGUGGCUCUCUGUCUGGUCUAGGUGACCAGGUUGCUCCCCGAUGCUGUGGGAACCACCUGUGGGCAGCGCCUAGAGAAAGUCCUGGGCACAAAUCACACUCACAUCCUACGAGUCCCAUUCCGCACAGAGAAGGGAAUCCUCCGCAAAUGGAUAUCUCGCUUUGAAGUGUGGCCUUACCUGGAGACCUUCGCUGAGGUGGGAAGCCCUCACUACUGGAGGGAAUCAACCCCUUCAUUUCCUGCCAAAAAAAUACAAAUAAAUAAAUUAAUCUCACCUUUAAUGGACCCAAAUCUUUCUAAUUCAGGAUGUCGCGAGCGAGAUCUCCGGAGAAUUACAGGGCAAGCCGGAUCUAAUCAUAGGAAACUACAGCGAUGGAAACCUGGUCGCCUCACUGCUGGCAUAUAAACUAGGAGUGACUCAGGUACGUGUGGGAGGGGACUGUCACAUCUGCCUGCAUCUCGGAAGAGAUCUCUCUAGAUCAUAAUAUCCCCUGUUUUCAUGGUCAGUGUACGAUCGCCCACGCAUUGGAGAAAACUAAGUACCCGAGUUCUGAUAUAUAUUGGAAGAAGUUCGAGGAUCAGUACCAUUUCUCUUGCCAGUUCACGGCUGACUUGAUCGCCAUGAAUCACGCUGACUUCAUCAUCACCAGCACCUACCAAGAAAUUGCGGGAAGGUGUUAUUUUCAUGAUCCAUUGGUGCAUUUAAUGAAGUGAAAUGCUAACUAUCUGUUCCCAAAUGCUGCUAAGUAUGAUUCUUGGUUGCUGUCUCAGUGGGGAGAGUGUGGGACAGUACGAGAGCCACACUGCCUUCACCAUGCCAGGCCUCUACAGAGUGGUCAACGGGAUUGAUGUCUUCGACCCCAAGUUCAACAUCGUCUCUCCAGGGGCUGACAUGUCGAUCUACUUCCCAUACUCAGACCAGAGCAAGCGGCUCACUUCCCUCCACCCAGAGAUUGAGGAGCUUCUCUUCAGUGAAGUGGAGAACGAUGAACACAUGUGAGAAGCCUCUGACCACCCCUUUUUGGCUGACAUUUUGACUAAUACUUGCACGGGUUUUUUCUCACAGAUGUGUGAUCAAGGACAAGAGCAAACCAAUCAUAUUCUCAAUGGCCCGGCUCGACCGGGUAAAGAACAUGACGGGUCUGGUUGAACUGUAUGCCAAGUGCCCCCGGCUCCAGGAGCUGGCCAACCUUGUGGUCGUUUGUGGGGAUCAUGGGAAGGAGUCCAAGGACCUUGAAGAACAGGCUGAGUUCAAGAAGAUGAAGCAGCUCAUCAAAGACUACAACUUAAACGGCCACAUCCGAUGGAUCUCUGCUCAGAUGAAUCGGGUCCGGAACGGUGAGCUCUACCGCUGCAUUGCUGACACCAAAGGGGUCUUCGUCCAGGUAUCUCUACUUUCUUCCUGCUUGACUGUGCUAAUGUAUCUCGGGAUAUAAUCUGAUGGGUGUUUUUCUUUUACUUUAAUAGCCUGCCUUGUAUGAAGCCUUUGGGUUGACAGUGAUAGAGGCCAUGACCUGUGGAUUGCCCACCUUUGCAACAAUGAAUGGAGGACCCAGGGAGAUCAUAGUCAACGGUGUCUCGGGCUUCCACAUUGACCCAUACCAGGGCGACAAGGUGGCUGAAACCUUGGUCAACUUCUUUGUCACUUGCAAGGAAAAUCCCACACACUGGGAGGGGAUCUCACAGAACGGCUUAGAGAGAAUCUACGCGAAGUGAGUCAUCUAUACUUUAAAUUGUUGAAGAAUUAUAUUUCUCGAGUGUGAUUAUUUGUUCUUGGUGGCUUCGACACUUGCUGAAAAUAGGUACACUUGGAAGCUGUACUCAGAGAGGUUGAUGACUCUAUCUGGGGUCUACGGGUUCUGGAAGUAUGUCUCUAAUCUGGAGAGGCGGGAGACUCGGCGCUAUCUGGAGAUGUUCUACAUCCUCAAGUACAGGGAUCUGGUAAGAUUCUGACAGGCUGUCCUCUAUGUUUCCUCAGACCAAUGGGAAAGAUCGAAUAAAUGGGUGAUUAAAGUUUCUAGUCGAGGAGAAACCCAUUAGGGAUUUCCGACUCAAAAAAUGAUUGCUAAUGAAGAUUAUCAAACCUCUCUGCCCUCAAGUACUGGGAUCUGGUGAGAUUCUGAUAGGUGACACUCAUCCUCUCCUUAAAUCCAUGGGAAAGAACCAACUGGUGAUGAAGAUUUCUAAUUGAGAGGGAACCCAUUAAGGAUUUAUAACCGAAAAGGAAUCUGCUGUUUUAUUCAAGAUAUAACUAGAUUUCUCUGUUGCUUACCAUUUGUGAAAUUGUUGCUUCUUCCAGGCUAAAUCUGUUCCACUUGCUGUUGAUGGGGAGCCUGCCAGGUAA